AUGGAGUCCGAUAAUGAAGAGAAGCGAGCUGGCUGUCAAAAGCCCAACAGCCCUUCGAUAAACGAGGACGAAUCUGCUAAGAUCGACGUAAAGUCACCACCAAGCCUGCCUGCGACCUCAGAAAACACAAACGAAGGUGGUCAAAGCAUUCGCCAUACGUGUUUCGUAUCGGCCAGGCUUUUCUACAGCGGCGAAAGCCACUGCGACGAUCUCACGCAACCGCUUAGAAACAACAAGAAAACCAAGACCAAAAACUUGCACAAUAGCCAUACUGAGCUCGAAACUGUCAUGAUGAGCUCCUCGGAUUCGAAACAAAAUGAAAACAAAACGCAAGAUGCCAGCGGAGCCAACGGCGAUCAAAAGCAGGAGGUCCCUCCUGGACCACUUGCGUCUCCAACGCCUCUUGACAAACCUCUCGCACUACGACCACUCAUGAUGAAACUUGCCGCUACCCCAGUCUCCAAAGAACCUGUUGAAAAUACUUCAGACGAUGAGUUCGAUGGUGACUCUUCGUCGAGCAGUUCAACAAAUGAUCCUUUCGAGGACCCACAGCAGGGUCUUAAGAAGCCCGAUCGUGUGUCCUCGUGGGCAAAAUCAAUUGUGAGCAAAAUGAAGCCAGAGGAUGUCGACGACGAUUCGCCGUCACGGCGCGAGUGGCUGAGGCAGAAGCGGGAAAACAACGAGGAGAACAAAUUCCUUGACCAACUCAUGGCUAUGGUUGGCUUGGAGGAGGUGAAGGCUCACUUCCUUGCUGUCAAAGCCAGGGUCCAGGCCAGGACCCAAGCAAGCAGCUACGGCGGUGCCAAACAGCCCGAGUUGCGACUUCAUAUGGUUCUCCAGGGCAAAGACGGAACAGGCAAGAAGACUAUUGCAAAGCUCUACGCGCAGUUCCUGUACGCAAUAGGGGCUGUGGAAACCAAAGUUACUGCCCGAGUUUCGAGCUUGGAGGUUCUCAAGCCCGGGUAUUCGAGAACAAGACAUGGGAAACCUUUGAUCACGCCAUUCAUAGAUCGCGCGGCUGACCAGUUGCCAGGAUCUGAACCCAUUCCCUCUUCAGAUCCACCGGAGAAGCCAAGCAAUCCGUCAGUUCUCUUCUACGAUAAGAAUGGGCCAACGAAUCAACACAAAUGGGACGAUUCCUACGGUAUGGGAUUAUUCACACGAAAUUCACCCCGUCGCGGCAAGGCGCAAGUUGAGAUGGAGGAGACCAGGAAGGCCAAGGUGAUAAAAGAUCUCAUGAAGCUUGGCAAGAGAUCUGUCCUGAUUCUGUCGUCGCGGGAAAAGUCUUUUCUCGAGCUUGUCGAGAGCAGCGAGACGGCGCUGCAGGAGUUUCCAGUGCCUUUGAUCAUCUCAGACUACAAUGAAAAUGAGCUGAGACGAAUUCUGGUCCGCAUGGUACAAAAGAAGGGCCUGUCAGUGGAGGGCGGAUAUGAGGAUCGGAGUCUCACCGUCUUAGUGCAGCGAGUUGCCCGGGAGAGGAAGGCGGAAUCCUUCUCGAAUGUUCAUACCCUACAAAGAGAAUUGGACAAGGCGUGCCGCCGUCGGGCUCUGAGAACUCAGCAAGAAUAUUCCCAGUGGCCUGGUGAUGAUUCGGGGAAACUGUCCAUGAUCAAGGAUCGGGAAAAAACACCCCUCACGUCAGAAGAUAUCAUGGGUCCACAACCGAGAGACGUUCGUCACAACAACACCUCCUGGGAAAAGCUACAGAAAAUGAUUGGACUCGAAGAUGUCAAGGCCGAGUUUUGCGACAUCAUCGACUAUGCUCAGAACAACUACCGUCGGCAGCUUCUCGGAAUGGAGCCGCUCAAGAUCGGCCUCAACAGGAUCUUUCUCGGACCGCCUGGGGUGGGCAAAACGACUGUUGCUCAAUUAUACGGCCAGGUGCUGAUCGACCUGGGGCUUGUUUCUGGCGACAAGGUCCUGUUGCGAAAUCCUUCCCACCUGAUCGGCGCAUACGUAGGGCACUCUGAGGAAAAGACGAAGCGCGUCCUGGACGAUGCCCGAGGGAAUGUGCUUAUCAUCGACGACGCACACAUGUUAUAUCCCGCAUCGUCGGGGGCCCACAACAAGACCGACAUCUUCCGCGUCGCUGUCCUCGAUACCAUCGUCGCGAACGUAUCUGCGGACCCCGAGGACAGGUGCAUCCUACUGCUCGGAUACGAGCACGAGAUGAGUCAACUGUUCAACAACAGCAACCCUGGGCUCCAGCGACGCUUCCCCAAGGAGACCGCCCUGCACUUUGAAACUUACAGCGAGGAUAACCUCUGCCAGAUCAUGGAUCGGAAAGCCGCCGAAUGUGGCAUCGAGAUGACGGAGGAGGCCAGGGCUGUGUCGAGACAGGUCCUCGGCCGUAUGCGCAUCAACCCGAAGUUCGGAAACGCAGGGGAUGUCGGGAUCCUACUAAACCAGGCAAAAGUCCGUGCCAAUGCGCGGCUCAGGAACAACUCCCAUGAACCGAGGCUUGCCGAAGUUGUUCUAGAACCUGGUGACAUCGACCCGCAGUGGGACCGGGUGCUGAGAGCCGACGAGAACCGUGUUGCGCUGUUCGAUGAAUUUGUCGGGUUCAAGAAAAUAGUCAAGAAGUUUGAGGGGUACAAAUUCCUGGUGGACGGUAUGCGGCUCCAUGGCCUUGAUCCCAGGCCUCACAUUCCCUGGGCCUUCAUUUUCAAGGGCCCUCCAGGUACCGGCAAGACGUCAACUGCUCGGAAGGUAGGACGUCUGUACUAUGACAUGGGCCUGCUUUCCACGGAAGAGGUCGUGACUUGCUCGGUCAGUGAUCUCAUCGGUGAGGCUCACGGACAAACCGGACCCAAAGUCGUCAACACUCUGGAGACUGGCCUCGGCAAAGUUCUGUUCAUCGACGAGGCCUAUCGAUUGGCAGGAGGCACCGUAUUCCAAACAGAGGCUAUUGGGGAGCUGGUCGACGCAAUGACGCAGCCGCGCUACAACAAAAACAUGGUCGUGAUCCUGGCCGGGUAUACCGCCGAGAUGGAGUUGCUAUUGCGAACCAACCCCGGGCUGCGCAGCAGGUUCCCUGAGCAAGUCGUCUUCUCGCCAAUGACUCCACGUGCUUGCUUUGAUCAUCUCAGAAAUGAGUUAAAAGAGCUCAAUAUCUCCAUACCAAAGGCAAAAGACGUAGGUCUCGAACAAAUGGGGGUCAUCAAUGAGCUCUUUGAUUGUCUCAGCUAUACGACUGGAUGGGCUAGCGGUCGUGACGUCGAGACUUUAGCCAAAACAGUCAUCAGAAAGUUUUACAUGAGGGAGGGCAGAGCCCGCAAGGGUGGAGUGCCGGCUCAUCUGGGCUUUGAUAUGGUUGGUGAAAUUAUCAAGGCCCUCCGAGCCAUGUGCAGAGAAAGAUGCGGAGGCGAGGAUAGCGCAACGAAUGCCUAAAUGCUAGCAUAGGUUAGGAGCGGCUUUCGUUAACUUGCGAGUUGCAGAAACUCAAACUGUACAAGCAAGAUGAAUAUACAGUUCUUGAAA